GGGAUUAAAUUCCUUGCAAGUCAAAAUCCUUGUCAAACCUCUCCAAUCCCUGUGGCGAGGGGAUUAAACGAACAGGGCCUAAAGAGUUCCAUGAUGAGCUACUAAGUAGGACCUCCAUAUUCGAUAAGCUCGACAGACUGAAUCUGCUAGUGCCAGCAGAUCUUUGAGGAAGAUCUUCUCUGUUUCUCUCUCUACUACACUAGUAUACUUGUCACUGGCCAAGCCAGACAUGUCUUUCGUCUGGAGCCUACCAGCCAAAGCCAAUCACUCGACGUUGAGCUUCCGGGAACAGCAGCGCCGGGUCCAUGGGCAACUCUACUGACAAGCUAGACAAGGCUACAGCUCGUGAGAAACAUUGUGCAAGCAAGAUGGUCAAGCAAAAGAUUGUUCUCAAGUUGCCGUUGGAUGGCGAGAGGAACAAGAGGAAGGCCUUCAAGGCCGCUGUUGGCAUGGCAGGUGUGACAUCCGCGACGUUGGAGGGGGACAAGAUCAUCAUCCUCGGCGACGGCGUCGACCCGAUCGCGCUGACGACGAUGCUCCGGCGCAACCUAGGAAAAGCCGAGCUCGUCAGCGUGUCGUCCGGCGAUGACAAGAAGAAAGAUGGCGGCUACGGCUACGGCGGAGAAAAGAAAAAGGACGGCUACGGCUACGGCAGCGCCGACGGUGGCGGCCGCAAGGACACCAAGGGUAACGGCGGUUACCAUCAGAAUGAGGUGGCGCCGAUCCCGUACCCCGCGUACCACCAGUACAACGCCAUGCCGUCCUACCCUGCUUACGCAUACGCUCCGUAUCAGCAACAGCAACAGGAUCCCGGUUGCAGCAUAAUGUAAGCUAAGGUGCCGACGAGAAAAGCUCGGGGAGACUCAAAGACUUAGUCCAGGACAAGACAAGCUUUCAUUUCAAAAUAAGUUCAGGAUAGGCUUAGAAAUCCUGAACUGAUCAAGCGAAGUACGAUGAAGCAAGAGAUUAGCUGGCUGCUUGAGCUGCACGUACAUGUACAUAGCUUGUGGAAGCAUCUGCAGUGGUUGUCUGUAAAUUCAGGGCUUCAGUUCAGAGUGUCCUAGUGUUGUGGUCUGUGCAAGAUUGAAAAGGGUGGACGGAAUUAAUGGAACA